GCUAUGCAAAUGCAAUGCAAGAGCAAGAGCAAGAGCAUGCGCUGGUUGAUUCAAAAACGUCUGCCUCUAUUUAAGCAGUCUGCAAUCCGCACAUCUCCUCCCAUUUCUCUAACAUUAGUAUCUUAUUUUUUCCCUCCACACCACCCCCGCUAAAGAUAAUACUUGAAAACUCUAGUUAAUUGAUACUCAUGGGAACUUCUAUUGAAGCUGCCACAAAGGAGCAAAAUGGGAAUGUAACUGAGAAGAAGCCUACAGUUGUUUUUGUUUUGGGUGGCCCAGGCAGUGGAAAGGGUACACAGUGCGCAAAUAUUGUUCAGCACUUUGGUUAUACUCACCUUAGUGCUGGAGAUCUUCUUCGAGCAGAAAUCAAAUCUGGAUCUGAAAAUGGAACCAUGAUUCAAAACAUGAUUAAGGAGGGGAAGAUUGUGCCCUCAGAGGUAACAAUAAAGCUUCUUCAAAAAGCAAUGCGGGAAAGUGGCAAUGACAAAUUUUUGAUUGAUGGUUUUCCUCGCAAUGAGGAAAACCGUGCAGCAUUUGAAUCUGUUACCAAAAUUGAGCCAGAAUUUGUCUUAUUCUUUGACUGUUCUGAAGAAGAGAUGGAGAGACGCCUUUUAAGUAGGAACCAGGGAAGAGAAGAUGAUAACAUUGAGACAAUAAGGAAGCGAUUUAGAGUUUUUCUAGAGUCUAGUAUCCCAGUGGUUGAGUAUUAUGAAUCCAAGGGGAGAGUUCGAAAGAUUGAUGCUGGUAAAUCAGUUGAAGAGGUUUUUGAGGCAGUUAAAUCCAUUUUUACCCAAAAGGAUGAGAAGGUAAAAGGACAUAGAUGUGCUAUAUUGUAGGCUUCCAUGAUUAAUGAGAAGCAAAAUCUGGAAAAUAUGCCUUUAUCUUGUAACUAAUUGAGGAUUGAGGAAAAUAUGAAUGGAAUCUAACUUUAAUUUCAAUAACCUAUUGAAUGACGCACAUCAUAAUAUAUCGGCUUGACCCUUUUUGCCUUUGUGCUUUUAUUCAUUUGUUUGUGGUAGUGAAGGAUUAAUAUCAGUUCCUUCGCAGUCUAUAUACAACAAAUUACUUCAUUUGUGAAUUUACCUAUUUCUUUCCCUUAGAAGUUUUGAAAACUCCUCCUUGGUAAAAUCUAGGGUAAGCAUGUUGCUAACUUGGAUUUCCUGAGCUACUUUGUUCCACAGUAGAGUUUCCAAAUUAUUAUCACUUGCCAACAUGUAUGUGCCUAACCCAGUUUAUGAUGCAAGAUUUGCAGGCACAAGCUAUCGAAUGAUAUAGCAAAAACUUCCCAGAGCAUUACUUUUCCAUACACCAAGUCAUUCUCAAUGCUUAAUAAAUUGUUCAAAAA